AUGUGGAACCAUACAAUCGAUGGGUUCAUGAUCAAGAUGGGAUUCAAGAAGUGCGAAUCGGACCACUGCAUCUACAUCAAGCGAGACGACCAAGACAUGAUUCUCGUGGUACUCUACGUCGAUGAUCUCAUCCUGGCCAGCAGCAACAACGAACUCCUCAAGUCAACCAAGAUGGCGCUGAGCAAACGCUUCGAAAUGACGGAUCUCGGUGAGCUCGAUUACUUUCUCGGCAUGGAGAUCAAGAACGACCGUAAGACGGGAAUGGUGACUGUACAACAAACCAAGUUUCUCAAGUCCGUGUUAACCAAGUUCGGAAUGGAUAACAGCAAGCCAGUGAAGACGCCUCAAGAUCCCGGCCUGAAGCUAACCAAGAACAUGUGUGAACAAGAAUGCAAGCACGAAGACACCAUGUGCAACGUGCCAUAUCGAAGUGCUGUCGGAGGCAUCAUGUAUCUCAUGGUCGCCACACGUCCGGAUCUAGCUGCCGCAGUGGGAUCAUUAUCCCAGUUCUCGUCCGACCCAUGCCCGACUCACUGGCAAGCUUUGAAGCGUGUGCUGAGAUACCUGCAAGCAACGCCCAAUCAUGGUCUUGAGUUUACACGUGAAGAAGGAAGCCGUAUCUGCGGGUACACCGACGCAGACUGGGCCGGCGACAUUGAGUCAAGACGAAGUACAAGCGGCUAUGUGUUCAUGAUGAGCGGAGGAUGCAUCAGCUGGAAAAGCCAGAAACAACGGACGGUCGCGCUAUCUUCAACAGAAGCAGAAUACAUGGCGCUUUCCGAAGCAACCAAAGAAGCAGUAUGGCUCAAAGUGCUUUUGGGGGAACUUGGUGAGAUGACAAGCGACGAAGCGAUCAAGAUGUAUGAAGACAACCAAGGAUCAAUCGCUCUCGCCAAGAACCCGGAGUUCCAUAAGAGAACAAAACACAUCGACAUACGCUACCAUUUUGUGCGUGAGAAGGUGGAAUCAGGUGAAGUCGUUUUGGAGUAUUGCCCGACUCAAGAUAUGCUGGCAGACAUGAUGACCAAGCCGAUCGCCGCUGUACAAUUUGAAAACAUUCGCGAUCGACUUGGGAUCCAAGGUGCCACAGCUAACGAGUCGAGAGGGAGUGUUGAAAAGACAGCGGCUGUGAAGAAGACACCUCGUCAAGCUGCGUCAAGUGUUGAAGCAAGUGGAAGACCAAGCCUCGCUAUACCGGUGGGUACCGGUAUGUACCAGUAA